GCCAGACAGAGAACGAGCAUCAUGAGAAACGCGUUUCGGCAUUCAAUAUCAGUUUAGGCCUACAUAUUAAGAUGAAUCGAGAUCAGCAUGUCACAGAUUCAUCAACCUUCAGAAGGGGGAACUUCACAAACGGCCCCAUCCUCACGUAUCCGUAAGAAAAGAUUACCGGUAUAGCCGCCUUGCCCCUGAGACGAGCGAACUUCGACGUCAAGUUAUUGCGUGCAUGUAUAAAGAAACUAACAUACGUUUUCAAGAAAGCAUGCAUAGCUUGUCGCCAGAGCAAAGUCAGUAGGCAUUCAAGUACCUCUCUGGACGUACGCAGCUUACAUCUUGCUUAGGUGAAGUGCAAUGGCUCGCGGCCAUGUUCUCGGUGUUGUCAGCUUCAAAAGACAUGCCACUUUGUCGAGAGACCAAAAGAGGACCAUGAACUGUUUGGCUCCCUUGUCACCGCUUAAGACAACGUCACUAAUCGAGUCGUUUCAGGAAGAUUGAAGCGCUCCAGAGAGAGAUCGAGUUUCUCAAAUCACGCCUGCAAUCAACUCCGGCACCUAUGAUGGAAUGCUCGCCUACUACCUACUCAGCAGAGGAUCAGCCGCCAUUCAUGACAGCGAAUCGUACGGAUAUUCCGGUUCAUGGCGUAUAUGCAUCUGCACCAGCCAGAGUCUCUGCGCAACCAGUGGCAUCGACCAGCACGAGCUCACCAGAAACCGCUAUAUACCUAACAAGAGCACACGGCAGAUCAAAAUCAGCGUUCGAGACUGAUUCAGUGGCUCCAGCAACUGCCGAACUUGGAAUUGAGAUGAAGGACGAAGAGGCUCAACUGUACUUUAAUGCGUUCUUCUCUGGCUGUGACCGCUACGUUCCUGUCUUUGACCAACGUUAUGACUCGAUCCAAAGCAUUCGCAACAACAGUGCUUUGCUUUUCAUAACAAUAUGCUCAGUCGGAUGCCGUGUACUCAACGGCACGAGCUCGAGAUGGCGAGCUCUUGCACUUCAGACUCAACGCAUGCUCAAUGCCGCUAUCGCCAAUCCGUUGAUGGGAAGUCUUGAGACGGUACAGGCAAUCCUCGUUCAAGCUUGCUAUGCAGGAGAAAGGGCACUCUUGAUUGCAAUUGCGACGCGCAUGGCCUUGGAUCUUGGGUUCCCCGAAGCAUACGAUACACUCAUUGCGGAAUCAGUCUUGGGCGGAAUGCAGAUCGAUAACGGUGACCAAGCUACCUACAACGACAACACUACACACAUGCGCAAAACUAGAGUCUGGCUGCAUUUGUUGGUGAUGAGCUACAUCCUGCACGUGGAUGCCGGUGGAAUGCCAACCUUCAAGUUUCGAGGUGCUUCACGCAGAUGCAGAGUCCUCCUGCAAAGUCCUCUCGCUACCGGGAUGGAUCAUUAUCUCUUUGCUCAAGUCGAGCUCAACGUUCUUCGCGCAAAGAUAUAUGCAUCCUUGCCCCAGGGCGCCCAUCUGAGUGACGAAGAGAUUCUCGAUCUUGUGAAAGAUGCCAAACUUGACAUCGAUGUCUGGUUCCAGGACUGGAUACGUAUCUCGCAGCCGCAUCAUGGCUCGAUGCCUUGGUUUGUGCCUAACCUGUCUGUUCAGCGCUGCUGGGCUGAUAACAUGGCUCUUUGCCGUGCGGUGAGGGCUGCAGGCGUGGAGAACGUCAACGUUAUGUCGCCCAUCCAGAAGAACAUCUUAUCGAUGACCAAAGCUUCGCUUCAGCAACAUCUUGAUAUCAUCAUCCAAGAACCAAGAAUAUAUCUCAAGAGCAUCCGGUAUGCAAUGGACUUUGUCUGGGCCAAGAAUACUUUCUGUUGCCUUCUUCUGCUCAAGCUGUCCGCUUUGCUCCCUGAAGCGGAGAAGUUGCCGACACAAGGUCUUAGCAAUGAGCUUGUUAUAAAGGCUAGCAUCUUGCUACAGGAACUGGAACUAGUGGCUGCCGCAGGACACAAAGACGACACUCGAUCAAAUACCAGUUCACUCUACCUCCAACUUCUAAAGACAAGUAUACAGAAGUAUAAGCGCUGGUUGGGUCAAGAUGGAGGAGGCUCUGGAGGAGGACAACCAUCCUUUCCUCUGACCCAAGAGAGGAAUUGCGACAAUGAACUUGAGUCUUUUGUCCCAGAUCAGUUUGUCUUCGAAUGGGACUUUCCAGGUCUGACCCUGUUUUCGUCUCCGAUCAAUGAGGCCGGUUGGAUCAAUGAACUUCUUGCUGGAGCACAAGAGUUUGGAGAAAAUGGGAGCAGCAUCAAUUGGGCUCUGAUUGACUUUUCUAUGUAAAGUAGCGUUCAU